UCAUGGCUGCUACUGAGAUACUGGACCACAGCCUGGUCUCAGUAGAACCAGUGAGUCCUCCAGUCCAGCAGAGGGCAGCCUUUUGGACCGCAGCCUGGUCUCAGUAGAACCCCUGAGUCCUCCAGUCCAGCAGAGGGCAGCUUCCUCUCUCUCUAUCUCUCUCUCUCUCCCCUCAGUGUGAACCCCCUGACCCGGACCAGAUCCGUCCGUGUUGUUUUCCUCCGCUCUGUACCGAUGUCUCUGGCGGUGUCGGUGUCGGAGCAGCUGACCCGGGUCGGGGAGGAGGUUCUGGGGCUGCUGGAGAAGCGCAGCGGCCUCUCCGGAGCCUCCGGCGGCCGCCUGCUCCGCCUGCUGCGGCGGCUGCUCACCGAGCGGCUGAAGGCGGCGGCGGAGCGGGUCGCCGGGCUGCUGGAGGAGGACCGGCGGCAGCUGGAGGAGGACCGGCGGCAGCUGGAGAAGGACCGGCGUGAGGUGGAGCGCAAGAGCCGGCUGCUGGAGGCGGUGCUGAGCCCGGUGGUCCGACUGACCCGAACGGACGCCAUCAGGACCACUAGCGCCAUCCACCCUCCCACAGGCCCGCUGUCUGAAGUCGACCACGUCCACCAACCCACUGGCCCACCCAGCUCCGCCUCCUCAGACGUCUCUGCAGCCGACAGCGACGAAGACUGGCGGGGAAGCGACACCUCAUCCAAUAAUAAAGACACAAAAAGGACGAGCGGAGGACUGCGAAGACGGCAGACGGUGUCGGACCGGCCGGUGGCUCACCGCUGUGUCGUCUGUGGAAAAACUUUCCACCACAAAGGGAACCUGGUGAAACACGCGGAAACCCACUCAGACCAGCUGGAGUGUGGAGUCUGUGGAGAACACAUCAAGUCCUCAGAUGGUUUGUUCGACCAUCUCAGAUCUCACAGAGAAACUGGCGGCGGCGGCGGGACAUGUGAGAUCUGCCGAAAGACGUUUCAGAACAUGGAGACGCACAUGAGGAGUCACACGGGAGUCAAACCGUACAGCUGCGAAGUCUGUAGCAAGAGCUUCCCCCGACCUGGAGCGCUGCGGCGCCACAAGAAGAUCCACAGCAGGACGCCACACGUCUGCUCGCCCUGCGGACUGACCUUCACCCACAACCAGCUGCUCCAGGAUCACCUGAAGACCCACGAAGAAGACGAUGGAGACCAGAGUGAGGAGGAGGACGAAGGCGAGGACGAAGGCGAGGACGGUCAGUCUGAAACGCUGAAAACAAGGAGAGACAGAAGACAGAGGUUUGGACAGAAGUCGUCCUCACUCUGCUGCCGGGUCUGCAGCGACUCCUUCCACAGCCGAGGGUUCCUGAGGAAACACGCCGAAACGCACUGCAGGGACGCUCCGAGCAUGUGCGGCGUCUGUGGACAACAGCUGGACUCACCUGACGGUCUGCUGACUCACCUGCAGUCUCACAGAGAGACCAGCGGCACCUGCAGCAUCUGCGGGAAGAGUUUCCAGAACAUGGAGACACACAUGCGAAGCCACACGGGGGUCAAACCGUACCGCUGCGGCGUCUGCAACAAGCGCUUUCCCCGACCCGGAGCGCUGCGGCGCCACAGGAAGAUUCACAGUAGCGAGCGACCGCACGUCUGCCAGCACUGCGGAAAGACGUUCAUCGAGAGCAGCGCCUUAAAGACUCACAGCAGGAGUCACUCAUGGGAGGUGGAUGAGGAUGCAGAGUCUCUGCCGGACUCUCAGAGCCUGAAGUCUGAGAUGGAGAAGAGUCUGAGCACCCAAGAGAACGCCACGGUGUCCACUCAGGCGUCUGACUGCUGUAAAGUCUGCGGAGAGUCUUUUCAGAGGAAAGGUAGUUUGAGGAAACACGCCAAGAGUCAUUCAGCAGAGUCCGUCUGCGGCAUCUGCGGCGAAAGUUUACCGCCAUCCGAGACCCUGACGGACCACCUGCAGACUCACAGAGACGCCGGUAAAAUCUGUCACAUCUGCGGUAAAACCUACCAGAACAUCGAGACUCACAUGCGGAGUCAUACCGGCGUCAAACCGUACUGCUGCGCUGUCUGCGGUAAAUCCUUCCCACGGCCCGGCGCCUUGCGGCGCCACAAGAGGAUCCACAGCGGGGAGCGACCGUACAUCUGCGAGUUCUGUGGGAAGACGUUCAUCGAUAACGGCGCUCUGACGACGCACAUCAGGAACCACACUGGAGACAAACCGGCCCAGCGCGUCUCCUGCGAGACCUGCGGGAAGAGUCUGGCGUCGGUCCACGUCCUGGAGGUCCACAAGAGGAUCCACACCGGCGAGAAGCCCUUCCAGUGUCGCGUCUGUGGUAAAGCCUUCAGGCAGGUGGGAGGGAUGAACGCCCAUAUGCUGACGCACACCGGCGAGAAGCCGUUCGGCUGCAGUGUCUGCAAUAAGAGCUUCAGCACCAAGGGGUACCUGGAGACCCACCUCCGGUUCCACAGGAAAGACCGGGCCUUCAGCUGCCACCUGUGCUGGAAGGCCUUCGUCACCAAGAACGACCUGAAGAAACACCUGCUGACGCACAGUGGAGAGAAACCCUACAGCUGCCGGGUGUGUGGGCGGAGCUACCAGGAGAAACGCUCCAGAGACGUCCACAUGAAGGUCCACCUGGACCAGCCAAUCAGGAGGCAGGACGGCCCACAGCCAGACUUCAUACAGCUGUAGAGUAGAACCAGUGUCUCUACUGGUUCUAGUAACUGGUGAGCUGACAGACCCUGUAGAGCUCAUACAGACCAGUUAGUAGAACCAGUGUCUCUACUAGUUCAUGUUCUCCUGUCAGAAUGCGACGACACAAAUCUGUUUUACACAAAUGUCACUUUUUAUUUUUCAUUUUCAAAAAAGAAAAAAAUUCCAGAUGUUUUCUAUUAUGGGCUGAAACUGACCAUUGUUUUUGUUAUUAAUUAUUAUUGUAUAUAAAAAUAUAUAUGUUUACAUGCUCAAACUUUCAGAAUAAAAUGACUAAUGUAAAUUUUUAUUUUGAAAUAUUAUUGUGGUCCAUGAUGAAGGAGUUACCGUCUCUGUGAGGCUAAAAUGUUGAAAUCAAAUACAAAUAUUUUAUGAAAAUACAGGUUUUUUUGGGGGGGGGGGGUUUGACAAUGUCUUUAUUGUUUUUUUUGUUAUACAAACAUCUGCAUUAUUAAGCAAUUUAUCCAAUACAGGAUUUACUUUAACAAACACAACAUCCCCCGCACACCCACCCGUUCUCUCUUAACUUUUCCCUUUCUUACAGGGCCAAAAUCAAUACACAUCUAUCACAGUGUGUAUCACAUUGAUACACAGUAUCAAUCAGACAAUUAAACAGUUAAAUGGCACCUCUAACAA